AUUUGUUGAUUUCCAAGAAACAGAUUGUGAAAAAUGCUAUAAAAGCUACAUUUAUCAUUCUGGAGGAUUUGUUUGAAAAAAAAAAUAAAAUUCUGCUUCUGUUUUAGCAGCUUUGCUGCUCUUGCAUAAAACUACAUUUUAAAUUCACCAUGGGACCGUGCCAUCAUGAAAUAGGAAUAUCACCUUUCUUAAACUUCUCUGGCAGCAAACAGCUGAAUCUGGUGAAGUUAUUCCCAAGGGAGACACUUGUCACUGAAAAUGUCUCACUGUCAUGAACUUGGCUUAGCUCGUUGUUUAACUCGUGAUUCAUUAUUUCACACAUUUCUUCUAAUGCUGUCCAUGCACGGGGACCCCCCACUCUGGGUACAGCACCAACGAGGAACAAAAAGGCAUCUUCUGCUCCUGAAAGCUUCCAGUCCUUCUGGAGAGCAGAAGCAGAUGGAGACAGACAGACAGAGGAGAGGAUUAAAGGAAUCAGCCAGGACUUACAGUCAAACUUUCAGUAGUCAUCAGCGUUAGGGAGAGAUUUAACCAGGACCACAUCUGCAUGAUAGUCAUAUUCCAACAGAAGUUUUUUUUCAGCAUCCCAAGCUCUUUCUUGGCCACGUUAUUACCAGUGAGAUCUAAUGUGGGAAAAGGACAAAACUGAACUAGAAGGAGCUAUUUCGGGCUGCAGAUGGUGAGGGGGCCCUGGGGAUGGUCGGGAGCUCCGCAGCAAUGUGUGUGCCAGGAGAAGGGUCGGGCUCGGAGCCAUCUGCCCGAAAGCUGGAGAAGUCCCAGGGUGCCGCAGUUCUACGGAGAAGAGGUGGGAAGUGACCACUCAGAAACCCGGCUUUUUAUUUUUACCUUUCUCACCAGCUGCAUUUUGAAAAAGAGUUGCAGGCUUCUAAGAAAGGAAAUAGCAAGUGGGAUCUGGCACCUCCCUCUCAGUCCCUGCCCUCCCUACUGGACCUCUCUCCACCUCCCCGAGCCCCGGGUACCGCCAAUGUUCCCCGUGGGGUUGGGGGAUGCCCAGCGGCAGCUUUACCCCCCCCGGGGCUGUGCUUUGCCCUUUGCAUCUCCGCCCUUUUACACCUCUCUUCUUUGCACGUCCGUCCCGUCCACCUCUUCCCUCCGCAUCCCUCCUCUUCUCAACCCUCCCCUUUGCAUCCCUCCCUUUUCACCUCCCCCUUUGCACCUCUCCCAUUUCCCUCCCUCCCCUUCGCAUCUCUGCCCCUUCGCAUGUCUCUCCCUUUUCCCAGCCCUCCCCUUUGCAUCUCAGCUGCUCGCAUCUCAACCCCUUCGCACCCUCACCCCUUUGCAUCUUCACUCCUUCACUCCCCAAACCCUCUAAGUCUCACUAUUAUUAUAUUAAUUUACUGGGGGCACCUUUGACUUUCCCACCUUUUGCUUCGACCCCAUCCCUUCUCCUUCUAUAACCCCCUCACCUAUAACAUCUCCGGGCUGUCCCUCACCUUUCUUCUCCCCCAUUCCCAUCCCCACUCCCCAGUCCCGGUGCCGGUCCCGGAGCGGAGCCGGGCUCGCCCCCCCCGGCUCGGAGCCUCCCGCGAUGCCGCCGCCCGCGGGGCCGCUGCUGCUGCUGGGGCUGGCGCUGGGGCUGGGGGCCGGGGCGGGCGCCGGGGGGGGCUGCCAGCUGCCGGCCGAGUGGCGACCGCUGAGCGAGGGCUGCCGAGCCGAGCUGGCUUCCAUCAUCGUUUACGCGCGGGUGUUGGCUCUUCACCCCGAUCCCUACGGGGCUUACAAUUAUCUGCCCUGGCAACGGGACCCCCCCUCCGGUGCCAGCUCGCAGCACAACCCGGGAGGACUCUUUUAUUCGGCUGAGAUCGAGCUGCUGUGCGACCAAGCGUGGGGCAGCAUGCUGGAGGUGCCCGCCGGCUCCCGACUCAACCUCACCGGGCUCGGCUACUUCUCCUGUCACUCGCACACCGUCAUGCAGGGCUACGCUUACUUCUUCUUCCUCCGCAUGGAUGAGAAUUACAUCCUCCUGCCGCAUGGGGUGAACUUCCAGGAGGCAAUUUUCCCGGACACCCAGGAGAACAGGAGGAUGUUCGCCAGCCUUUUCCAGUUUUCCAACUGCUCGCAGGCACAGCAUGCCCUGAGCUUCUCCAGUGACUGGGAGAUCCAAGAAGACAAUCGACUCAUGUGCUCCUCGGUCCAGAAAGCCCUGUUUGAGGAGGAGGACAGAGUGAAGAAGCUGCAGCAGAAGGUGGCAACGUUGGAGAAACGCAACAAACAGCUGCGAGAUCGGGUGAAGAAAGUCAAGAGGUCUCUCCGGCAAGCUAGGAAAAAUACCAGGCACAUGGAGCUGAUGAACCGAAAGCUCAGUGAGAAACUUGCCUCUGCUGGUGGCCAGAUUCCCUACAUUAACUCUUUAAAGCAGGAGACUCACAUGCUACCUACCUUAAAGUAUAAUGCAAGGGUAGAGUUCAGGCCAAUGGUAAUGGCAAAUUUUGCCUGCGUUAGAUCAGGAUCUGGCCCUUACACCUUGUCUACACUGCUUCAAACCUUGCAUGGAAAAUGAAUCUGAACUUGCUCUAGACACAGUGCUAGAUUAAACAGGAAUGCAAACUGGAUUUGUCUGGGUAGUGGAGGAACAGCCCAAAACCAAGUCCAUAGCGUUCUGGGUAGACAUAGAGCCAGGUUAUAAUAGAAAGCACAUUGUGCUUCUCGGUCCUCUUCCCCCUGCCUCUGCCAACACCCCUGUGGUGGGGUGGGUGUGAUGGAAGUUCUGUCAGGCACGUGACAUGGGAGCAGUUCUAGGGAUCUGAUGCCAGCUUGCCUUUUCUACAUGGUCUGGGCAAGUAAGUGGAUGUACAGAGAUGAAUACUGCAAGAAGGAUGCAGCAUAAAUGCUCCUUGCUCCAUCAUGAUCCCCUUCAUUGUGCCUUAAGCUUGACUAAAGACUAUAUUGUGUAUAUGAGCACAGGCUAUGUCCAGGACGCAUAGUCAGUUUGGGCCCUUAUUCAAAAUGAAAUGCAAAUGUGCCCAAACUGUCUUAAGACUGUGUCUAAGUAUUUCUUAAUAUUCUAAAAAAAAAAAAAAAAAAAAAA